GCGCAAUACGUUAAUCAAGUCAUGAAUCAUCAUAACAAACGAGAGGAGAGAGACAGCUCAGAGAGAAAGAAUCAGGGCUUGUUCGUAUUUCCUAAUUUGCGAUUUUUUCGACACCGCCGCUCGCCCUCCCUCCUUCUUUCCUUUUUCCCCGGCGUUCCCCGUCGUCGUUGUUUGCUGCGUAAUCUCUCUCUCUCUCUGUAUCCUGUUCAUAAGGAAUUGGAAUCUAGCUAGGUUGAGGUUCUAGAUCUAAUCGGAAAAAUCAACCUGACUGGAAAUAAAACUUUACGCCAACUCUUUGAUUGAUCAUACUUUGAUUGAAAUUGAGGGAGAGAGUCAGAGGGGGGGAAGGAGGGAAUCUGCCGAUAGAGAAUAUGAAGCGAUGGAGGAAAUCGAACCGGGUAACUUGGGCUCCUGACGUUAGACUGUCUCAGGUGAAGCUCUUCUCAAGAGAUGAUUGUCCUUCAAAAGUAGGAAACCAAGCUCAAUGCCAUGUCAAACACAGGGACAGGAUACCCCGUGGCAUACUGCAGAAUCCAAACAGCCGAGAAUUCAGUGAUCUCCCUCCUCCUGGGUUUGAGGACAGUCACUCGCAAUUUGCUACAUUACUACAGUGGAAGUGCCCUCCCAAGUUUGGAUUGAGCUCUCGGUGGUGCGUCGCUGCUGGAGAAGAAAGCCAGGAGAUGAGAGCUCAGAAACAGAGGGAAAUGAGUUUGUUUGAAGCUGUUUAUCCACGUCUCUCUGCCGUCCCGCCCAAUCCAUGCAAUUUAUUGAAUGCAGAAUGUGAAAAGGCUGAUGCUUGCGUCCCCAUCAUCCCUCUCACUCCUGUUGAAGAAGACGCUGAAGCUUUAGUUCCACCCUCUCCUAUGAAAUGCCAACCACCACCAUCUGCCCAUGAAUCUGCUAACCAGAUUAGCAAAUUUUCACCUCCAUCUGACUUGGUGGAAAAGAAACAGGGACCUGCUGGAGUAGCAACAAUACGACAUCAAAAUCCGGCUGCCGUGAGUAUCGCUGCUUCAACUUUAGCCGCUGCAAAUGCAGCUUCUAUUGACACCGAUCUGCUAGUUAGAAUCUUGAAUGACCCCGACAUGAUCCAAAAACUAGUUGGAGAUGGCACCACCACUGCCAGGGCAAAUGAUGAAAUGGCCAACCCACCUAACCAGCCAAUGCUUUCUGCUCCUGUAACACCUCCCGACUCCAAUUCUGGACUGAUUUUCCGCCCAAACCAGGCGUCUAUUGCUGCACCCACUUACAUUCCCAGGUCGGACCCGAUCUAUCCCGACCUGAAUCGGGUUCAACCUGUGCCUCCUAAUGUCACCAACCCAAACAUUAUGCGGGUCGAACCGGCCGCUGGACAACCUGUGAAGGACUUCGACUACUUUAAGAAUCUAAUAAGGGAACACGGAGCAGACAUGUCGAAAAUGCAUUUUGGAGCGGUCCCAAAACAAUCUUCUGCUGCUGCUGCUGCUGCUGCCAUAGAUUAUGGCGAAAACAGAAAAAUGAGGGAGGUAAAUGCGAAAUUCCAAAAGGCGUGCAUGUACUUCAAAAGUUCGAGGGGUUGCCGCAGUGGCGGAAACUGCCGUUACCGGCAUGACUUGUCGUUUCAGAUGCACACAUGGUCUGGAUUGGAUGAAGCUCCGUGUGCCAAGAGAAUGAGAUUUUUUAAUGGACAAGUUAGUGGAAGAACGUGAUAAAAACGAUUUCUCGUUCUUAAGUCGUUCUAAUCUGUAGGGUCUUAUUUGAACAAAUAAUCGAGUUAUUAUAUUCAUUUCAAACAAAUCUUGCAUCAUUUCGGGAAGGACACUCGUCGUAAUUUUGCAUAUCUUUAUUGAAUGGGUAAGACAUAAUAGAUAUGGAAAAUAUUUACAGCGAGUUAUUAUAUUGACGAAUAACAGUAAAACAGUUUUUC